AUCGAUUGAGUUUUAUGAAUAUAUUGCUUUUUGACAGUUUACCGCUGUAAAUAUCUUAAAUAUAAGUUUCGUAAAAUGACCUCCACCGAGACGCAGACAGAGGGAAAGCGUAAGGCAACGCACUCCACUGCCACUGAUAAAACGGAGAGCUCCAAACAACAUUCUAAGAACGAAAAUACUGGAGAACAGGAGCCCAGAAGAAUUUCCAAUUCCGAAUUCCAAAAGAGAGGAUCCGCGGAUCGGACUGAUGAGCCGGUGUUCAGUUGCAAAUUUGAAGUGUUCGGAAUAGUGCAAGGCGUAUCCUUUCGAAUGUACACCUUACGAAGAGCCCAGAAGCUAGGAAUUCGAGGCUGGUGCAAGAACACCACAGAAAACACGGUUAAUGGCGAAAUUCAAGGGCAUAGACAUUCUUUUGAGUCCAUGCGCCUGUGGCUAAAACAUACCGGCAGUCCCACCAGCCGAAUUGACAAGUGCAUCUUUGGCGAGACCACUGAACUCUCAGAUUUCACAUAUAGCAACUUCUCGAUUGUGGUGGACUAGUUUGUUUUUCAGAUUUAAGUAAAUUUUUACUAAAUUUACAAAUUGUAUUGUUUGUGCACUGCCUCAUUUAUGGUUACUUUGUUGUUGGAUUAAUGAAAAAUUGUUUUGCAGAUAGAAGUUGGAUAAUAAGAUAUAACAUUUAAACACAACACACACAUUUUUAUUUUAAGUCUAAGCAUGCAAAGCAAAUAAGCAAAUUUAA